AUGUGUCGCCACUGCCUCGACAAGAAGCCUCGCGACGGCGCGAUCCGGGCUCUACGCCCCUCGUUCGGCUUCGUCGUGUAUGAUACUACGGAGACUGCUCGUCCCGCCCGCAGUGUUCGGCUUGCCCAUGCCUUAUUUGACCACACGCGCAUGAAUCGAGAUACGAUACGCUACGGAGUAGAUCGUAUCGAGGUCGUCACGCUGUCCCUACUGAAUUUCUUCUCUGUCGACCAGCGCGCUAAGGCCUGCAUGCUUCACUUAGAUUUCUAG